CCAUAGAGUUCACACCCCCACGCGGUGCAGACAAGCCCGCCGCCGGGCCCGGCCUGUCUGCCCUCGCUCCUCGCUUCCGGCGGCGCCGCUUCACCCCGCGCAUGCGCCGUGCGCCUCUCUCUCUCCGCGGCGGCGCCGGGCAGGAAGAUGGCUAAGCGCACCAAGAAGGUGGGGAUCGUGGGUAAAUACGGUACCCGGUACGGGGCGUCCCUGAGGAAGAUGGUGAAGAAGAUUGAAAUUAGCCAGCACGCCAAGUAUACCUGCUCCUUCUGUGGCAAGACCAAAAUGAAGAGGAAGGCUGUUGGUAUCUGGCACUGUGGAUCCUGCAUGAAGACAGUUGCUGGUGGUGCCUGGACUUACAACACCACCUCUGCAGUGACAGUCAAAUCGGCAAUCAGAAGGCUGAAAGAACUGAAGGACCAGUAGAUGCUACAUCCUGCUCUCCUUCUGAAACGUGCUUGUUUUCUCCACUGUCAAGAUCUGUCCCUUUAAUAAUAAAAAGGUGAUGUGGAGUGGAA